AUGAAGUUUACCGACGGAAUGUGGUGUCUCCGCCGGCAUAGAGGGGACACUCUGAAUUCACCAACAAUAUCCGCUGAAGUCACCUCUCCGCUUGAAGGCAUCAUUGGAGUUAAGUUGGUUCAUUGGGCUGGUCAAGUCGAUAAUGGGCCCCACUACCACAUCACGUCCGCGACAGGUCACUCUAAAAUCGAUCACAUAGACGAUGCAGUUCAUUUCAAAAGCGGACAUUCCAAGCUCACAAUCAAGACGUCUCCUAACGACCUGGACUUUGUUUGGAGCGGCGACUCUGGUCAAAAGCUCACAGGUCAUUCCUUCCGUUCGAUUGGCCGUUGGACAGACGGGCUCUAUAUGGAACAUGAAGGGUACAUGCUCGCCGAGCUUGACUUGGGAGUCAAUGAAAAGCUAUAUGGAUUGGGUGAACGUUUCGGACCUUUCGUGAAGAAUGGACAGACUGUCGAUAUAUGGAACGAGGACGGUGGCACUUCAUCUGAGUUGGCAUACAAGAACAUUCCGUUUUACUUGAGCUCGAAAGGGUAUGGCGUCUUUGUGCGUCAUUCAGGGAAAGUGAGCCUUGAGCUUCAAUCAGAGCGAACGACGAGGGUCAAUAUCUCAGUGCCUGGACAAGAAUUGGAAUAUUUUGUCAUUUUCGGAGGUACCCCAAAAGAAGUCCUCAGGCGAUAUGCUGCUUUGACGGGCCAACCGAGCUUGGUUCCUUCUUGGAGCUACAAUCUGUGGCUCACAACUAGUUUCACCACAAGUUACGACGAACAGACUGUGACUGGAUUUUUAGACGGUUUUCGAGAUCGCGAUAUUCCUCUAGGCGUCUUUCAUUUUGAUGCGUUUUGGAUGAAGUCUUACCAAUGGUGUGACUUGCAAUUUGACGAGGAUUAUUUCCCAAAUGCUACAGACUAUAUGAAACGUCUCAAGGAACGCGGACUGAAAAUCAGCGUAUGGCUCAAUUCAUAUGUUGGCCAGGCUUCGCCACUGUUCAAGGAGGGCAAGGAAAAGGGAUACUUUAUCAAGCGUCUUGACGGUUCCGUAUGGCAACUCGACAUGUGGCAGGCUGGUAUGGCCAUAGUCGAUUUUACAAACCCCAAAGCCUCAAAAUGGUACACGGAUCAUUUGAUGCGUUUGAUGGAUAUGGGCGUUGACUCAUUCAAAACCGAUUUUGCGGAGCGCAUUCCAUUUCGGAAUGUGAAAUUUUUUGACGGCUCUGAUCCUCUGCGAAUGCAUAACUACUAUUCUUUGCUGUACAACAAAGCAGUUUACGAAGCCAUGAUCGAUCGAGUAGGUAAAGCUAACAGUCUGCUCUUUGCCCGCAGUACAGCUCCUGGCGGCCAAGCAUACCCGGUCCACUGGGGGGGAGAUUGUGAAAGCACAUUUGAAGCUAUGGCAGAGUCGUUACGUGGUGGGCUCAGCUUGAUGCUAUCAGGCUACAUCUUCUGGGCAUCAGAUAUUGGCGGGUUUGAAGGAACACCACCACCGGCGUUAUACAAGCGCUGGGUUCAAUUUGGUCUUUUCUCUUCCCAUUCGCGUUUGCACGGUUCUAGUUCGUAUCGGGUACCCUGGAUUUACGGUGAAGACUGCAGCGAUGUGCUUCGGGAGUGCGUUAAGCGUAAAAUAUCCCUAACGCCUUACAUUUUACGGGAAGCAUUACACGGUCAUCGGGCAUGUGUCCCACUCAUGAGGCCCAUGUUUCUUGAGUUUCCGGACGAUCCUAAUACAUAUACUAUCGAUACGCAGUACAUGUUUGGAAGCAACCUACUGGUGGCACCUGUUUUCACCGAGGAAGGGUCCGUCACCUUUUACGUGCCGCGCAGCAGCAAAGACGACAGCCGCGGCAAAUGGGUAUCCUGGUUCGACUACAAGAAGACCUAUGAACCGGGUCAAUGGUACACAGAAACACACGAUUUUUCUACGCUUCCUGUUCUCAUUCGCCCUGGAACAGCGACUGCGGUAAACUUCAGGCUCAAGUCGCCGCAAGACGAUCCGUUGGAUGGUUUGCAAAUCAUAGUGAACGGUCGCUUGACGCAAUCUGACUGGGAAAUUGAAAUCGUUGAUCCAAAAAACACGCAUGAAGUAUUGAACACUAUCGCGGUAGACAGUGUCACUGAUGGAAUUAUAAGAAUAUAA